UCCAUAAGUAACAGCGGUGGGCGGAGCUUAAUAACAUCUGGAUGAGAAACAUCUGGACUUGUGUGUGUGAGUGAGAACACAGUCGGUCUCCUCCUCUCUCUCUCGGCCGCAGAUGAUGGCCCGGUACCGGACACUUUGGACCGGGAUCCUCGUCCUCUUCACGGCCGGUGUCCUCACACACGUGCAGUCCUUCACACACCUGAACUCUAACCUGUGUAAGUGGUGUGAGUCGUCCAGUCCUGUGUGUGACCAGCACGUGUGCGUCACUAACUGCUCACUGUCGUCCUACUGCGCGGCCAUCGAGGAGAUCUGCAUCGCUAUAUGGAGGAAAACCAACGACACCAUGACGGUGCACACACUGUGUCACCUGCCCACUCUGCCACUAGAGGGCGUGGACCCUGACCUGCUGCUGAACUUCACCUCCAGAGAGUGUCACAUGAUCUCUGCAGAGGGCGGAGCCAUGAUGAUCUGUGGAUGUCAGGGAGAACACGAGUGUAACGACAGACUGAUCUUCAACAAGGGAGCCAACGGUUUCUUUAAGCUGCAGAGUAAAGACGUGAUCCCGGUGGUCGUAGUCAGUUUGGUCCCUCCCCUCCUCGUCGCCAUCGUCGCCACCGGCGCCUUCUACUUCUACCGCACGCACCGACCUCACAAACCCGGCACUCCUGCACGUCCUGACUGGACAACCAAGCGCACCCCUGACCUCUACCAAGCUUUGGACGAGAACAAUGGAGGAGGAGGGGGAGGAGGGGCCAGGGUGGAGGUUGGAGGAGGAGUCACUGGUCCCGGAUGUGAGGGGGAGGAGUCCAACACCGAAGGGCGAGGAAAACUGUCAGAACCUCUUCCCGUCAGGCUGGAGGCUCUGGUGGGAAAAGGCCGCUUCGCCGAAGUUUGGAGGGGGCGUCUGCUGAAAGGCAAGAGGGGCGGGGCUAAGAGUGAUGACACUGUGGCGGUGAAGGUGUUUCCUGCCGUAGAGUACGCGUCCUGGAGAAACGAAUGGUUCAUCUUCUCUGACCCCAAACUGGAGCACGAGAACGUGGUUCGAUUCCUGGCAGCUGAGGAAAGGGGUCCGCCCGGCCACACCCACAGGAAGUACUGGCUGGUGUUGGCCUAUCACAGCCUUGGGAACCUGCAGGACUUCCUCACAGCAAACACAUUGAGCUGGGCGGAGCUUGUUGCCAUGGCUGGGAGCGUCGCUAAAGGGUUAGCUCAUCUCCAUAGCGACAGAACACCUAGCGGCGUACACAAGGUUCCGGUCGCUCAUCGGGACCUGAAGAGCAGUAACAUCGUAAUGAAGAGCAGGACGGAGUGUGCACUCUGCGACUUUGGUUUGGCGUUGAGACUGGACGUGUCCCUCACUGUGGACGACUACGCUAACAGUGGACAGGUGGGGACAGCUCGCUACAUGGCUCCUGAGGUGCUGGAGUCCAGGGUGAACCUGGAGGACCUGGAGGCCUUCAAACAGAUGGACGUCUACUCCAUGUCCCUGGUCCUGUGGGAGAUGUCCUCCCGCUGUCUCGCCAUCGGCAAGGUGGAGAGCUACGAGCCGGCAUUUGGCUCAAAGGUUUGUGAGCAGCCGUGUGUGGACAGCAUGAGAGACCUGGUGCUGAGGGACAGAGGACGACCAGAGAUUCCCUCAGCGUGGACGCAGCAUCAGGGAAUGUCCACCUUCUGCUCCACCAUCACUGAGUGCUGGGAUCACGACCCCGAGGCCAGACUGACGGCUCACUGUGUGGUGGAGCGCUUCAACGUUCUGCAGGAGGAGGAGCCACAGGAGGAGGAGGAGGAGGAGCCUAGAGCAGAUGCUGUCAGGUCUGGGGACGAAGAGACACCAAAGGACUCAGACAUGUCACACAGAGACACUGCUGCUUCCUCACCGUCCUCUUCCUCCCUCCAGGUCCCUCGACCAAACAGCACAGAAGAAUCCUGUGAUCCCCCAGACCACACGGACUCUGUGGUGUGAGACUCACCUGUCCUCAGACUCACCUGACCUCUGACUCACCUGUCCUCUGACUCACCUGACCUCUGACUCACCUGUCCU